ACACAGGAUCCAAGGGAGAACUUUCAAGGUUAUAAUGGAAAAGGAAGAACAAAUUGAGGUUUCAUUCACAGUAAACUGGGAUCACUCUAUUGGAGACAAAUUAGUUCCCUUAAAUAUAGACAAAAGGUUUGUAAUGCUACCAGGUCGCUCUGGUUUUUACUCAUAUGCCAUUUAUGAGCAUUUACAAGGGUGGCCCGAUUUCAGCUUGGAUGAAACCAGAAUUGCUUUUAAGCUCAGGACAGACUUGUUUAACUACAUGGCCAUAUCGGACCAGAGGCAAAGGAUCAUGCCCUCGGCUGCAGACCGGGCAUCGGGUCAACCCUUGGCCUACCCUGAAGCAGUAAAGUUGACAAAUCCAAGCAAUCCUGAACUCCAGGGAGAGGUUGAUGACAAGUAUCAGUAUUCAAGUGAAAAUCAAGAUAAUAGAGUCCAUGGUUGGAUCAGCUUCGACCCUCCCGUUGGAUUCUGGAUUAUCAAUCCCAGCGAUGAGUCCCGUAUAGGUGGGCCCCUCAAGCAGGAACUCACCUCCCAUGUGGGCCCCACAAGCCUCGCGAUGUUUUCUAGUAAUCACUACUCUGGCGAGGAUCUAUCGGUGAAGUUAAGUAAUGGAGAGGAAUGGAAAAAAGUGUUUGGCCCUGUUUACACAUAUCUGAACUCAGCCUCUGAUCCAGAAAAUGCCACUGAACUAUGGGACGAUGCAAAACAACAGAUGUUGACAGAAGUACAAAACUGGCCAUACAGUUUCCCAGCUUCAGAUGACUUCCUUUCUUCGGAUCAGCGUGGUGAUGUUACUGGUCAAUUAUCUAUCCAAGACAGGUUCCUUCAAAAAGAGAAUAUACCUGCCGUCUCUGCUCACUUAGGUUUGGCUGCAUUAGGAGAUGUUGGAUCUUGGCAAACAGAAAACAAGGGUUACCAGUUCUGGACUAAAGCUAAUUCUGAUGGAUCUUUCUCUAUAAAUGGUGUUCGACCUGGAGUUUAUAAUCUUUAUGGAUGGAUUCCUGGUUUUAUUGGAGAUUACAAAUAUGAUGUUAAUAUUACCAUCACCCCAGGAUUCAAAUUAAAUUUAGGUAGUCUUACAUAUUUUCCACCAAGGCAAGGUCCUACCUUGUGGGAAAUAGGAAUUCCUGAUCGUUCUGCAGGGGAAUUUUACAUUCCUGAUCCAAGCCCAAACUACAUAAAUAAACUUUAUACCAGUAAUCCAAACAGCAAUGAUAGAGAUUCAGUACCUGUGGAUAAAUUUAGACAAUAUGGGUUGUGGGAGAGGUAUGCAGAAUUGUAUCCUCGUGAAGACCCUGUGUAUACUGUUGGUACUAGUGACUACAGAACAGAUUGGUUCUUUGCUCAUGUUAACAGGAGGACUGAUAACACCACAUACCAAGCAACCACAUGGCGGAUUGUAUUCAAACUUGACACUGUGAUCAGAGACCCAUAUAAAACUUAUAUGUUGAGAGUGGCACUCGCUUCGGCUACAAGUGCCGAACUGCAGGUUCGGGUCAACAAUCCAAAUGUGUAUCCUCCUCACUUCACAACUAUGCAAAUAGGAAAGGACAAUGCAAUCGCGAGACAUGGAAUCCAUGGACUGUAUCGGCUUUACAACAUUGAGAUAAGGAGUGAUUUGCUUCUUCUUGGAGAAAAUAGCAUUUAUUUGACUCAAUCAAGACAUAUAAGCCCAUUCCAAGGAAUUAUGUAUGAUUAUAUUCGUUUGGAAGGGCCCUCUACUUCCAGUUAAUAAAGGAUAUUAGUAAGAUUUUUUUUAU